AUGGAUGCCAUAGCGACUCUACAGAGCGAAAUUCGCGCGCUCCUGCGCAAGCGCCGUGAUCUGAAGUCGACGAUCCGUAGAAUCUCGUCACAGGUUGACAGUGAUGCGCCUGUAACCCUGCUGUCAACCAAAGCAUCAUCGGAAGCCACCAAUGAGGGGAAGCGCAAGCUGCAGGAAAAGAUGGAGGUGGACGAGGAAACGGAAAAGCGACCCAAGUUGGAGUCCACUGAAGAGCACGUCGCGGGUCACAAACGGAUCCUUCGCACGAGCAUACUUGCGCACUUGCAACGUGCUAAGGAUGCGCUCUUCAAGGAACGCGAGAAGGAAAGCGUUAGUCUACUUCACGUCAGCUCCAUUAGUGCGCAGACCAUCAAGCAUAUAGAGAAGGAGCAGCACGUAGCGUCCAAGCUCGCCGAGCAGGAACGCACGAAGCUGGAGGAGUUAUCGCAUGAGCUCCGCGAGCAGUUGGGUGCGAGCGAGGAGCAGCUGCGUGGCGUGGAAGCGGAGCUUUCGGUGAAGAACAAUGAACUGAUGGUCGGUGUUAACAUGUCUACCCCUAAAUGCGCGCAGAAGGCGAGCCUGACACAGCACUACGGGCACAUGUCCAACUUCAUCGCCACAAAAACGCAGCCUAGCAUCUUCUGGGUCCCACGAAACUUCAACCCCGAGCUGGAGUCGCUGCGCGGGUGCACGCAGCAGUUCGUUGCGGAGAAGGUGGCCUCCAUCGCAUCCACUGACUACUUCAAGACUUAG